AUGGUGGUGGUCACCACGGUCAUCAUACUUAUGCUGGUGAUGGUGGAGGCGGAGGAGGUGACUGUGGAGGAGGUGGUGGAGGUUGAUCUCAUUCUACUCGGGCUUUACAUUGGGCCAUUAUUGGCCCGAAUUAGAGAUCUCUCCAGUAACGACUCAUCACGUUCCUUGAUGGACACCGACUACGGCCUUCCGGUUUCGAUGCACCGGCCUUUCGUCACCCUUGACGAGCAGUAUGAUGAGCCAUUGUCGUUCCGUCGCCGGCUGAAACAGGUUACCGAGUUGACUGCGGAGAACUCGAAGGUGCACUUUCAUGAACACGACAAGGCAUUUGAUUUUGUUUAUUACAAGCCGUUCGAUACCCGCGGGUUUGGGCUGAUGGGCGUAAACCGUGAGACGCGACAAGAAAUGGUGGGUUUGAUGUUCCAUGACAACAUCACUGUUGUCUUCAGGUACCCCUUGAGCAACAGGGGGAUUUUCUACCCUGGCUCAGGUACCAUCAACGCUCGAGUGCCGCCACCUGAUGCAUAUCCGUGGAAUGAGAUGGAGACGCCUGAAGAGAUGACAUUCAAGCUGGCAAGCUCACUUGACGAUAUCGCUCAGCACUGUACUCUCCUCAUGUCUCUUGUCAUUUCAGUGCCCAUCUCUCCCUGCAAAGAACUUCCUGGUGUUUCUUCGGAGGCGCUUGAUGCUGUCGUUAAGGUUCUUGCAAACAUCAGUCUUCAACGCCAGUUUCUUGAAGUUGUAGCCGUUAUGGACCUUGGAGCUAUAUUGAAGAUCGUCGAGGAAGAUGGGACACUGAAUCUCCAGAAAAGUUUGUCCGUCGAUACCUACGAAAACGUCAAGUUGGACCUACAACCAUACGAACAUACCGGGCGCGGCAUCGUCAUCUCGGAAUGGGCGGCAGCGGUUUUCCAAGAAUUUCUGCUCUAUGAAUACGGCCAGCCCACUCGAUUCGUCAACAAGGACGAGUACGAGCACAUGAGAUUGAAAUCGGCAUGUUUGUGUCCUCGAUGA